UGAUGUGAACACAGAGCGCUCCUCUCCACACAGCAUUUCCUCUUCAGCAGAGCGAUCAGGGGCUUCGUCUGCUCAGCGAAGUUGAGUCAACACGCCGGGAAACGCACUGCAUGGAUUCAUGUGGCACCUCCACACUCGCAGUCCUAUUUUUCUGCGGCGCCCGGGGACUUUGAAUCAUUAUUGGUUGCACUAGAAACCCGUUUUGCUUUGGGAAAUGUGUUGGUAGAUACUAAUUAGUCAUUAAUUACCUGCGGAUCUACUGCAGGGAGUUAUUUUUUUUUAAUUUUUUUUCACGGAUACGGCAGAGAACCUUAAACAAAAAGGAUCUUCACAGAAGUGAACAAUGCUCCGACUAGAGACCAUCAUUUGCACUUUUUCUGUGCUGUCUGUUGCAGCAAGAGCAGAUUUUAAGGCACGGAACUGCAGCGAUGUGAAGGAAGCUUGUAUCGGGAAAGGCUUCAGCUUCGCACAUGUUCCUCUUCAGGAGAUCCCAGGUGAACACCUUCGUGUAUGUCCUCAAGGAAACACAUGUUGCACCCAGGAAAUGGAGGACAAAUUUGGCCAACAGAGUAAACAGGACUUUGAGAAUCUGGUUGAUGAAAUAAGUCAUGAAUUGAGAAGCACCUUUGUUUCCAGACACAAAAGAUUUGAUGAAUUCUUCCUGGAGCUAUUGGAGAACACAGAGAGGUCCCUUAAUGAGAUGUUUGUGAGGACUUACGGCAAGCCUUACAUGCAAAACUCUGAGGUCUUUGAGAACCUGUUUGCAGAGCUGAAGCGCUAUUACACAGGAGGAAAUGUUAACCUGGAGGAAAUGCUAAAUGACUUUUGGUCGCGUCUGUUGGAGCGUAUGUUCACACUGCUCAACUCCCAGUACGUCAUCACUGAGGACUAUCUGGAGUGUAUCAGUAAGUACACCGACGAGCUCAAGCCCUUUGGAGACGUGCCCAGGAAGCUCAAGGCUCAGGUUACCCGGGCAUUCAUCGCUGCACGCACAUUUGUCCAAGGGCUCUCUGUUGGCCGGGAGGUGGCCCAGAGAGUGUCUAAGGUAAGCAGCAGUCCAGCAUGUAUUCGAGCCCUGACCAAGAUGCUGUACUGCCCCUUUUGUCAGGGCAUGCCAGCAGUUAAACCCUGUAAAAACUACUGCCUGAAUGUCGUGAAGGGCUGUUUGGCCAAUCAAGCUGAUCUGGAUCCAGAGUGGAACCUGUACAUUGAUGCCAUGCUGCUGGUGGCACAGAGGCUGGAGGGACCUUUCAACAUUGAAUCUGUCAUGGAGCCUAUUGAUGUCAAGAUUUCAGAAGCCAUCAUGAAUAUGCAAGAUAACAGUGCCCAGGUCUCCUACAGGGUUUUUCAAGGCUGUGGCCAGCCAAAACCCGCAGGAAUGACUAGGUCUACACGUGGUGUUUCGGAUGUGUUCAACGCUCGCUUCAGGCCAUACAGCCCAGAGGAGCGGCCUACCACUGCAGCUGGCACAAGCCUAGACAGACUGAGGAUUGUUUGGAAUGUGAUGCAACACAGUGUGGUUGACAUAAAAGAGAAACUAAAACUGUCAAAGAAAUUUUGGUCCAACCUGCCUGAGGCGAUGUGCAUGGAGGACAGAGUGACCGCUGGAAAUGCCAGUGAUGACGAGUGCUGGAAUGGACACACCAAGGGCAGGUACUUCCCUGAAGUUCAAAAGGAUGGACUGACCAACCAGUUGAAUAACCCUGAGGUGGGUGUGGACAUCACGCGCCCAGACACCUUCAUCCGCCAGCAGAUCAUGGCUCUGAGGGUGAUGACCAACAAGUUGAAAAAUGCCUACAAUGGCAAUGAUAUCUACUUUCAAGACUCAAGCGAUGAAGGCAGCGGCUCAGGCAGUGGCAGCGGCUGCACAGAGGUCUGCCCCACCGACAUGGACGCUGUCAGUGCUGCCACCAAAGCCCCGGUGGUGGAAGCAGACCGGAGGGGGCCUGUGGAUGACUCUGCCCCACUCCGUGCACCCUCUGUAGCCCUGCCAACCAUGCUGGCCCUCUCAGCCCUGGCACUCCACCGACAAUGGAGAUAAUGCUGGAGGAACCGGUUAAACAUGGACAGCAGGGUUUUUUUCUUUUUCUUUUUUUGCAGUUUUUGUAUUCAGGCAGAUUGGAGCUACAGUCAAGCAGACAGUAUUUAGCCUGCCAGCCUGGAGGCUAGAGGAGUCUGCUCUGAAAAAAAGAGAGCAGUCAUGCAUCGUGAUUUUCCACUUUCCCAAAGAUUGUGCAGUGCCAACCUUAGACUUGACAUUUUAUGGCAUCACUUCACCAUCUAACAAUGAUGCCAACAAACUCUGUUUCAGAGAUUCCUUGCACAUAUGGCAGGUAUUAAUGUAGGUCUCCAUGUGGAAAAAUAUAACACGCACUUUGAUUGUUUUGUUUCUUUUAAUGCAAAAAUUGUUUGUGUUGAAAAAUUUUGAGAAUGUGGUUAUUUGAUGCACCUGAAAGAGGAACAAUAAGGUCAACAUGUGUUUAACAUUAUAUUUUGAAACAAAUACAAAGGAUAAUGACAGAAAAUUCAGGAACAUAUGGUUUCCACCUACAGUUUUAAUUGAAUCCUUGUUUCAUAGCCAUUAAAUCAUGUGCCAAUUAUUGAUUUAUGAUGAGAAGCGAUUGAAUAUUCAUCAAAGUCAUCAUAAAUCCAUGUUUGUUUUUAGAUCAGAUGCCGCCACUGAAUCAUGUUGCUUCAUCUUGUGUUUUAUGGUCAUUUCAACCAUGACGUUUAGCGAGAUUGUCGGUUAAGUAUAUAAUUGGUUGGUCAUGUAUCUGCUCAGUUCAACGUCCGCCUUGUGCUAAAACUCACACUUUGUUUAAAGAGAUAAGAUUGACAUUUUUAUAUACUCAUUUGCCUUGCAACAAAUGUGCUAUCUGCAAAAUAUUCUCAUAUCAUGCUGGUUUCUCAAGCUUGGCUUUAGGAAUAGACAGCCGGGACAGAAUUUAUAUGGAGCAAUUUAUUGACACAGAGAAGGUGCCACCAAUAUACAGUAAUACCAUAAUGAUGCUGGUUCUGUAGUGUAAUAGGGUGCAUGUCCUGGUGUGUAAUUAAUGAUUUAAAGCAUAACUCUCGCCAAAAUGCGACCUAGGGUCUUUUUGUGAACAUACCCGAGUCA